GAACCAGACCAAAUGUAACAAAAACAAUCUCCAAAUCGCGGAAGCCAUGGAUGCCCUACACAGCUCAAAACAAAUGCCCAAACUCAAAUCCUCAAACGGCAGCGUUUCCCCUCUCAACACCCUGCUCAACUCCGACUCCACGCUCAUCAGAUACCUUUGCGGUGGAUCUCGGAUAUCAUCCUCUGCUUGCAACGCCACCAAUGACGCCUUCUCUUCUCGGGCGAUCACCGCCAACAGCAGCAACUUUGGGAGGUCCUUGUUGCCGUUGUCGUCAGUUGAAAAUGUGAUGUCAUCGCCGGUGUAUGGGACCCCUGUUAAGGUUGUGGAUGACGAAGUGCUGGUCAUGGAUGAGAUUUUGGUGGAUUCCUUGUCUGGAGGUAAGGUUUUAAGGUCUCUGUCGUCGAAUUCGAGUGAUUCGCCAUCCAAUUCUUCUUCUUCUCCCCAAAUUCGAGUGUAUAAAACGGAGCUUUGUCGGUCUUGGGAGGAUUUUGGACACUGCCGAUAUGGCUCCAAAUGCCAGGCGGUGGCAAUUAGAAAAGUAUAUGUGUGCGUAGCCUUGUCUUUUCGUAUGCGGCCUGAUAAAGGAAAUCGGAGAAUUAGGUUUGUGCAUGGAAAAGAAGAGCUUCGUCCGACUUGUUACCCCAUGAAGAACGAAGCAGAAACACAUACUUUCAAGUCGCAUUCAGCCGCAUCAUAUUCUUAUGGCCAGAAGUCGCGUUUCCUCAUGGCUGAAGCAGUAGUGGCAGCAAGCCAAACGGCCUCUGUUUCCAAACCUGAUUACAAGAACAAGAGCCCUGUCAUCACCAUACAAUCUGUAUACUUCAGCAAGAACACCAGCCCAAUCAUCACACCUAUGCACUGCACCAAACCAGAAGUCUACAUCAAAACCCCCGCCGCCAGUGUCAAACCUCAAGACUGGUCGCCCUUGGAUGAUGACAUUGAAGUUGCCUUGCCAGGUGAAAUUGACAAAUACUCAUCACCCAGAAAAGAUGUUGAUGCCUAUAUUCAUAGUGUUCUUCAUGGUCCAAGAAUAAGAAAGAGGUUGCCUGUGUUCACUGAAUUUUGCCUACAAUAGUUGUUGCUUGUAAGAGUUUCCUCCAGUUGCUAAGAACCAUGCUCAGUUAGGUUUAGCUCUAGUCUUUUUUCCUCUUUCAGUUCAUCAGAGCAAGUGAUUGAUAUUAGGUUGAGAAUAUACCUGCAUGAAGCUUUACAUUCAACUUUACUGAUAUUCCAAUUACUAUUGUACCAAACACAUCAAUAGAUCGUGAAGAUAAAGAGGCAACUAACAGAAAUGCCUCAAUUGAUGCCUUGCCAUUAUUUCUUUGCAAUAAAAUACUUUUCUGGGUA